AUGCCGGAAAUGGAGGGAUCAAUCAAACCCCCUCAAAUUUCUGAAAUGUUCCAGAAAUUCGCCUUCUCUUUCAAAUCCAAAGCUCUUGAAUUUUUUGCUGAUGAUUCUGAAAAAUUCUCUCUCCUUGAUGCUGGUGAUGAUGGUACUCCCGAUGAAUUCAUCUCCAAUCAGAAAGUCGUUGUAAAUAAGCCUGACCCACCUCAAGAAGUUGGUCCAAUUUCUCAGAAAGGUAAAGUUCCCCCAAAUCCCCAAUUUAAUCAAACCCUAAUUACUUCAUUGUUUGCUUCAAUUUCAUCGUUUGAGGCUUCUUAUCUUCAAUUGCAAACUGCCCAUGUUCCUGUUUUUGAUGCGGAAGUAUUAAGGAAUGCUGAUGAGUCUUUAGUUUCUCAUCUUCAGACCCUUUCUGAAUUUAAGCAGUUGUAUAAGAAUUACUACCAGAACCCUAAUUUUAGUGUUGAAUUUUCAACUGGGUCUUGUUUAGAAUUUCAAGUUAAUGAGAAUCAGCAUAAGCUUAGGGCUCUUAAGUCUGUGUUUAAUCGUUUACAGUCUGAAAUUGAUGUUAAGGAUGAGGAGGUUUCGAGUUUGAGGCGGAAAUUGGAGGGAUUGAAUCGGGUGAAUUCGAGGUUGUUGAAAAGGUUGUCCCUUGGUUCUUCAAGGGAGGAGGAGGAGGAGGGUUCUGAAAUUUUGCUAACAGUUAGAGUGUUUGAUAGGAUGUUAUGUGAGGCAUUUAGUUAUUCUCAUAGGUUUACGAAGGUAUUGAUUGGGUUGAUGAAGAAGGCACAUUGGGAUUUGGAUUUGGUGGCAAGUUCAGUGUAUUCGGGUGUUGAUUAUGUUAAGAAGGCGCACAAUCGGUAUGCUUUGUUGUCAUAUGUUUGUUUGAGGAUGUUUCAAGGGUUUGAUUUGGAGGAUUUCGGGUUAGGUAAGGAAGGCGAUGUUUGCAAUGGUCAUGUUCCAUCCUCUAAGGGCGAGGAGAAAGUUUCAUUACAGCAGUUAAAGGAGCAUGUAUUAGUCAAUCCAAUGGAGAUCUUGAGAAAGAAUCCAAACUGUGACUUUUCAAAGUUUUGCGAGAGGAAGUAUCAAGAUCUCAUCCACCCAACUAUGGAAUCUUCAAUUUUCAACAACUUGGAUCAGGAUGAAGUUAUAAUAAAUUCAUGGAAAUCAUUGGGUGAAUUUUAUGAGUCGUUCGUCAAGAUGGCAAGCUCAGUUUGGGCAUUGCAUAAGCUUGCCUUUUCAUUUGAUCCUGUUGUGGAUAUAUUCCAAGUGGAGAGGGAUGUUGAGUUUUCAAUGGUAUACAUGGAGGAUGUAACUAGGAGAUGUAAAUAUCCUUGCAAAACAAGGCCAAAGGUCGGAUUCACAGUAGUUCCUGGCUUUAAGAUUGGGCAGACAAUUAUUCAGUCACAGCUCGAGUCCAAAGAAUUCUUGAGACUGGGUAUUUCUCAUCCAAUGCGGUGGUCUGUUAUAAUGAGCAAAUUUCAGGCUUUGUUUUCUUCCCCUAAAUUCUUUUUAAGGAAAAAAACUUCAGAUAUGGGGUUUUCAGGUGGAAAGAAUGAAUUCUUAGCACAUGUGGUAUGA